CGGAGACAUCCGACGCCACUCGAAUUCCCCACCGCCCGCCGCCGCCGUCGCCGUCGCGGCGCCAUGCUCCACCUUCGGAAGCGCGUCCUCUCCCAUCUCCUCUCCGCCGCGCCAGCGCCUUCCACAUCCCGACUCCUCUCUCUCCACCGCCUCCUCUCCGCGGCCGCGCCCGCCGUUUCCCCCAACCCUAGCUUCGCCGUCGAGGAGUACCUCGUCGGCGCCUGCGGCCUCACCCGUGCCCAGGCACUCAAGGCCUCCGCCAAGCUCUCCCACCUCAAGUCCCCCGCCAACCCCGACGCCGUCCUCGCCUUCCUCGCCGGCCUCGGCCUCUCCGGCGCCGACGUCGCGGCCGUCGUCGCCAAGGACCCGCGGUUCCUCUGCGCCAAAGUGGAGAGAACUCUGUCCCCCGUCGUCGUCGGGCUCACCGGCCUCGGUCUAUCCCCUUGUGAUAUCGCGCGCCUCGUCUUGCUCGUCCCCGACAACUUCCGCCAGAGAUGCGUCGUCUCCAAGCUAGAGUACUACCUGCCACUCUUCGGCUCCUUCGAAAACAUGAUCCGGCCGCUCAAACAUGGCUCCUCCAUCCUCGACUCUGACCUCGAGAGGGUGGUCAAGCCCAAUGUCAGUCUCCUAGCAGAGUGCGGAAUAGGUGCUUGUGAUAUUGCCAAGCUCUUCGUAUGUUCGCCGUGGAUACUGUGUGCCAAACCAGGGCGUGUCCUGGAGAUGGUUGCGUGUGCUGAAGGUAUAGGUGUGCCCUGUGGCUCUGGAAUGUUCAGGCAAGCGCUGCAGGCCGUCUCAUACUUGAGCGAGGACAAGCUCGCUGCCAAAGUGGACUACUUGAAGAAGACAUUUAGGUGGUCAGAUACGGAGGUCCGCACUGCUGUGUCCAAGUGGCCGGUUGUGCUAAGGUGCUCAAAGGACACGCUGCAGCGCAAGUCCGAGUUCCUCAUCUCUAAGGUGGGCUUGGAACCGGCGCGCAUUGCUCACUGGCCGGUUAUCCUCGGUCUUAACCUGGAGGGCCGGCUCAGGCCCCGGUACCAUGUUAUGAGGUUUCUUAAGGAAAAUGGAUUGCUCAAGCGUGACCCAAGCGACUGUACAAUUGUUAAAUUGACUGAGAAAGAGUUCUUGGAGAAGUUCAUAUGCCCUCACAAGGACGCUGCACCAUACCUUGCUGAAGACUAUGCAACCGCUUGCAGAGGGGAAGUGCCUGCGAGAUUCAUAUUUGCAUGAACCAAGAAGCAGGAAAAUGGAUUGCUAGAGCGCGAGGGGAACUACUAUUCAGCAGCCUUAGUUACUGGGAAGAUUUUCAUGGAAAAGUUCGUAUGUCCAUACAAGGAAGCUGCCCCCACCUUCCCAAAGACUGCUGCCACUUGUAGGGGAAGUGCCUUCUAAUUUCAGACUUACAUCACCAAUAACGGGCUAUGAGAAUUGGUAACUGCGUAUGUCUACGUGUAGUGAGCUGGUAAUUUUUGUCUCAGUGUUCUUUGCCUAACUAGAUGUUGGUUAUCUGCUAUAGCAUAUCUGGUACUGUACAUGUUAAUUCAGUGUCGCCAGUCCUGGUUGAAACUAAUAAUUUGAUUUUAGAGUACUUGUACGUCCACUAUA